GAUUCGUGCAGUACCAGCCUGCGCCCGUACUGGGCCGGGGCGGCCGACCCACGUCCGCAGGCGGCGCCGUGGCCGCCACCGCCCACGCCGCCGGGCGGACCCCCGCGCGGCGCACGGGCUCCUCCGGCGCCUGGGGCGCCGCCGCGGCGGCGCUGCUCCUCGCCACGGCGGCGGGGGCGGCGGCUCGCUCGCGCGCGAAGGUCGGCCUGAAUGUGCACCAGCACAUCAAGCAGAUGGACUUCCGUAUCCACGGCGGCGGGCCCAACCGCUGCGGCAGCGGCAUCCACUACAAGAUCCCGCAGACCCCUAGGGUCCGGUGGUGCUGGCGCUUUCGAAAGAGGACGAUCGUCAUCCGCACCCGCCAGAUCCCUGAGGGCACCCCUCAGCGCCCGCGACUGGCUGUUUUCAUUUCCAAACAGCACUUUCACGUCAACGUCAUGGACGACACGGAGGGCACCGGCGUGGUGGUCGCGCAGGCCAGCACGAUGUCCAAGAACAUCGCGGAGGAGAUCAAGGAAAAGAAAAUUUCGACGAACUCCAUUAAAGCCGCGGAGAUCUUGGGCAAGCACGUCGCGCAGAGGUGCCUCGACAAGGGCAUCACGAGGAUCAUAUUCGACCGCGGCGGCUUCAGCUGGGACGAGAACCGCCUCAAAGCUUUCAAAGAGGCUUUCAUGACGAACGGGCUCAUGAAUUGA